AGCUGUUCGAAAUACAUGCUAUACAGACAGCUGUUCAUUUUGUUUCAACAAUUGAUCGUUUGCGUCAUAUUAAUUAUUCGCACUUAUGCACUCUACAACUGUAGCAAACGCCUGCUUAUCUGGGUUACGUUGAUCUUCAUUGCUCUUGCGGGAGGUUCAUCCGCAGGAACCAUUGGACAGUAUGCAGGGAAUUUGACACCCUUUCCAGGAGUUGGCUGCUUCGAAACAUAUACAGUGAAUGAGUACGUCAUCAUCCUCGCCGUUCUGCGAGUCUACUCCAAAGUCAUCGCAGAUCUACCCGUUGUGGGAUAGCAUGGCUAGCCAUACUUGCCUUCGAAUUACUCAUCUUUGUCCUCACAGUUUGCAGGACUUGUAGAAGUAGAGGUUUGCUGCGGUUACGCCUAGUCAGCAAGAGAAAUCUUCUUGACGUCAUGUUUCAUGAUGGUGCGAUGUAUUUUGGAGCCAUGACACUUUGUAAUGUA